UAAAGUUGAGGUCUGUGGCUAUAAUGUUGAAGCUAUGCGAAAUAGAUUGGAACGAGCGGUAAUAAAUGGCCAAUUCAUCAGUGAAUAUGAUAAUGAAUUUGUGGUUUUCAAACCAGAUUCAGUGUGGAGGGCG